UUGUGCGCCAAUUCGGGCUUUGCCGUUGUUGGCUUCGGCGGGACAUGACCUCCAGUGUCUUGUAAGACGAGUUCAUAUCUUCAUGAUGGUUGAGUCUUUCGAUCGUUGGAUUCAUGUUGGUUAUAGCCCCAGGCUUGUAUCCGAACGAACCCUUGUUCCUCGGCCAUCGCCACCAUCGACUUGCGUCGUUUUCACUCCAUCAACGCGGGCUUGAGGUUGUUGUCAGUUGUGGCCUCGCCAACAACACCAAUCGUCUCCGUCAUCGUUCGACAGAGGAGCGUGUCCAAGGAAAUGUGAAGGUGAAUAAAACUCCUAAGGAGCUCGUAUGUGGAGACAUUCAGACAUUGCAGACACACUCGAAAAUGAUGAAGCGAUUGUUGCGUUGCGAGGCAAAAACUUUCUGUUUUUCUCGAGAAAGCGAUGUAGAAAUAUACCCCUUAAUUGAGGUGUAUGUGGAAACUUUCAGGAAACUCGUCACUUCUCUUGACAUGAAGACACAAGAUAUUAUUCAUUGCAUGACAGAAUGGAAAGGGCCUUCGGUGAUUCGCACGCUUGGCUCGAGGAAAUUGACGAACAUUAGAGGGGAGAUUGCUCACGACGUCUUUAGAGUGUUUUGGAUCGCAGCAGGGUUGCUAUAUCCUGGCGGAAGUGUAAGAGAUCGUUUGGAUGUGAAGCAAGAGGAGAUGCGGAAGAGAAUGACUGAAGAUUCGCUGUGGAGGAUUAAAGACAAUGAACCAUAAGGCGCGAUGAAGUUCAAGACCGCCGUGCAAGAUGUGUUAUACAAAGAUUACAACGACGUAGGCCGGAGUGGUUGCACCCUUCAACAACUCGCAUUUGAUCAUAUGGUGUUGGAUUGUCACAUCAACAAAAGAAGUCGAGCUGCACGUACAGCUCCAACAAGCAAGGAAAUGAAAACGAUUGAAGAAGUCAUUAUAAUAACGUGCAGGACUGAUAUUGAAAAGAGGACGAUCGAUGUGGUCUUUCUGGACAGAGAUAAAACUGUUGUGCUGAG